AGCUAAAUAUUGAAGAUCUAUUACGUCUCCAGUGUCCCUAUAAUGUGUGUGAAGUUUCAUCUGUAAAUACCCCAUGGUUCAUUUACACCCUGCUGUAAAUGCCUCUUUUUGGGUGGAAGCAAAAACCAUGCUAUUUUGGUGUCUGUCUCUUUAAAUGCAAAUGAGCUGCUGGUCUCCACCCCCUUUCCAGAAGAGAACAGCUCGUGCUUCUGAUACUACAAUCAACAAUGCAGCAGGAGAAUCAGUCCGACUGAUGCCUAAAUACCGGUGUUCAGCCCUGUAGGUAUGAAUUAUACAGACAGGAAGUGUUUUCAGGUUAAAAUAAAAAUGAGGAGUUAGCUCUGCCAGGAUCUAAAAACUUUAGCCACGUUGCCAUGGAAUCUGCUACUGAGCUCAUUUAAAAGGUUUACAAACAUUUCACAAAAGAUAAAGUGCGACACUUCCAUCUUCUGGAGGUGAAGCUGGAUCAGGAACAGUACUGAUCUGUUCUUGAGAAUCAAAUCCAGUAAAUCCUGCUUUGUACUGGCCCGCGUUCACAAAGCAGUCUGGUGUGAACUGAUUUAAGGUAUUUUUGUGGCACAUUUUCCUUCAAAAGUUAAACUUCACUGCAUGUUCAGUGGUUCUGAUGCUGGAGAACAUGGCCAACUGUGUGCAGCUCACUCAGGGGAGGAGCUAUGCUAAUAGGGCAGAGUCGAGGGUGGGGUGGGGCCUGUUCCAAUGUGGCAUCACGUUGGAGAGAAAACGAAGAAUGACUCAUUUUGAAACACUGUUUAUGAUUUAUGGGGAAUAUAAAAAGAAGUGUGUGGAUUUUUAGUGUUACAGAGGGGCUUGUGUACACUCACUGCUGACACACUAAACAUCACUUCUGUCAUUAUUCUGUAUUUCACUGUAAACUCAAUCCAUCAUCUGUACCAGUCUAAAUAAAGCAAAGCCACGCCCACUAUCAUUUUACUAAAUGUUUAUUAAUCUGGCAACAAAAUUUAAUCAUCAGCAGUGAAUGAGUGUAAGAUUAAACAAACCGGACCUGCUUCACUCAUUUCUCUCUCUCUCUCUCUCUCUCUCUCUCUCUCUCUCUCUCUCACUCACACACACACACACACACACACACACACACACACACACACACACACACACACACACGGAGAAAACCUUUAUUGAAAGGUUUUGCUGCAAUUCUGCGCCUUUAGCUGCACGGCACCCGGGGGCGCGCGAGCGCAGGAUUAAGCCCACUCAAUCUCUCACACACACACACACCAGCGCGUGCGGAUCGGGGAUGUCUGUAGGCUGUUGGUGAGAGACAGACCGACACUGCUGUCUUUCACUCAGUGUGUGUGUGUGUGUGAGAGAGAGUGUGUGAAUGAGUGUGUAAGUGUGUCGCGUUUAUCUGCGCGCUCAGCUCAGUGGUCGCGUGCCGGCGGUGUUGUGCAUCCUCAUUCUCGCGCUCCUGGUGAUGCAGCAGCAGCAGGGUCCGCGCGUGCUGAAGGAGGGCGUGCUGGAGAAGCGCAGUGACGGACUGCUGCAGAUGUGGAAGCGGAAACACUGCACGCUCACGGAAGAAGCCGUACUGCUGCACGCGCCCAAACACGCGCACCGGCACCCGCCAGCGCACCCGGCGGGAAAGGGCAAAGAGCUGCACUUCUCGCGCGUGAAGACGGUGGACUGCGUGGAGCGGAAGGGCAAACACGGCUACUUCACCGUGGUGAUGGCGGACGGGAAGGAGAUCGACUUCCGGUGCCGGGCGGACGAAGGCUGGAGCGCGGAGAUCACGCUGCAGAUGGUGCAAUAUAAAAACCGACAGGCCGUGCUCGCGGUGCGCUCCACGCGCCACAAACAGCAGCGGCUCGUCAUCAGCAAACCGGAAACGGAGGUCACGGUACCGGCGGGGGAGAGCCGCGCGCACAGCGGUUAAAUGGAUUCAUCAGCUCAUCACACAGACAGACGAAGAGACGGAGAUUACACACACACACACACACACGGAUACACUCCAACUGUGGAACUGAUCUCCUGCCUUCAUCUACGUGUGUGUGUGUGUGUGUGUGUGUGUGUGUGUGUGUGUGUGUGUGUAAAUCAGUAGCUUCCUCUUCAUUCAUCAGGCCAAAGACACCCUGUUUCUCCACCCAACUUCUCCGUCAGCUCUACUGAACACUUCACCCCAGUGUAUGAUGUCACUGUGAUGAUGUCAUCAGUGAUUUAGAUCAAUCCCCUUCUGUUCAGGUCAAUGGUCUGUUCCAGCUACAGACAGACCUUCCCCUUCUGUUUGGGAAUGGUGUGUUCCAGGACAUUGUUGUCCUGUGUGACUCUCCCUUUUCCUUUACGGUGUGGGUGUGGUUAUGAAGUCUGGUUGUCAUGGAUACCAUGUCCCAGCAGUAGUAGGAGAUGGAGUUCACUUCCUGUGUCAGGUGUGUGAGGGACCGGGCCUGAGAACAGAGACACAAUGAUGACAACAGACAGAGGAGUGAAGGAGAUGACUGUGUGUGUGUGUGUGUGUGUUUGUGUGUGUGUGUGUGUGUGUGUGUGUGUCUGUCUGUCUGUCUGUCUGUCUGCAGCUGGAACAAACCGUUCUAUAACGAUGGAGGGAGGUGUCUGAUCCGUCUGGAGGUUGGUGAUGUGAUAUGUGUGAGGUGAUUUUCUCGCUGUCGUGUAAAGCUGAUGAUUGACCUCAGAUCUUUGUGUGUGUGAGAGAGAGAGAUAUGUGGUUGUUAAAGCUGCUUUCAUAAUUAAACACUUCAUUUCAGUCACA